AUGGCAGAGGCAGAGGUUGCCCCAAGAAAGAGACUCAUAAUUAAGCUUCGUUUGCCGCAUUCAAGAACAGUGUCAUCUGAAGAGUGCAAACUAAAGGAUGAUGCUGAUACUGAAAAACGUGGACCAGAAUUUAUGGCUUCUGAUUCAUGCGGCGAGAAGAGGAAGAAAGAUCAACAUUGCAGCACUACUGAAUACUUGUGUAAUAAGAAGGACGAUGAUGGUGCUGAUUCUCGCGGAGGCAGAAAGAGAAGAAAGUUCGCAACUUCUGAAAUUUCUGUUUCCACUAAAUCUUCUUUGCAAGAACACCACAAUUUAUGUUCAAGAAUUCCAAGAACCGGUUCUAAGGUGCUUGACUCCAAGAACACGAAGAAGGAAGAGGAGAUAGAGAUUGUUCUAAACAAGCAGAGAAUGGAUCGUUAUCAAAAGAUGCAGUGUUGGGUGAUCUUGAAGCGCUUAAUGGUUGGAAGAGAUGGCUGGGCUUUCAAUAAGACUCUGGAUCCCAAGAAGUUAGGGAUUCUUGGUAACAACUGUGAGAGUGUGUUGUUGAAGCCAAUAGAGUUUGAGGAAAUAGAUUCAAAGCUGCACAAAUUCGUGUAUUCAGAGCCUGAUGACUUUGCAAAUGAUAUGAGGCUUUUGUUCUCUUAUGGAUUCAUGUACCCUCAAAGGGAUCAGAUUCAUAGAGUUGCAAGGAAAUUCAGUGAGAGCUUUGAAAUUACUUGGAAGGAUUUGAUGGAAAAGUAG